GAGAGUUACUUCUGCGGGACGUAUAUCUUUAUCGUCCUUUUACCCGCGUAGGAACUUUAGUUUGCGUGGCUCUCUUCGUACGCACGGGUCCCCCGGUCGCACUUACGUUAUACGCCGCGGCUCCGCCUACACCUUGGAUAACUCGCGCACUAAGCGACGGAGAGGCCGCCCUGGAUGGGGACGGGUAGAACGGGUCCACCACGUCCGUCUCAACUGAUUCUCUUCGCUUCCCAGCGGUGGCAACCGCCCGAUAUUUUACUGUCUCGACUGUCCGUUGUGCGGAGUUAAUAGACUGCCUCUGCACAACGAGUGUACGAAUUCCUAGACCCCGGCGAGGACUGGGGUGGUCGAAAUGACCCGGUUAGGAUUGCGAGUCCUCGCGUCCAUAGCUUGCUUGACAGUUAUCGUCAAAGGGCAAAAUUACACGGACACGUUACGAGGGCCUGAGCCAGUAGUCCCAUUGACUCGAGGCGAUAUAGGAAAGCCCGAUGGUUGGAACGCGGAGCAGGAUGAUUACGACGACCCAUACUACGGAAAUUACGACGCUGACGGACGUCUGAUUAACCCCGCUGACGCAGAUGCGAAUGGCUGGGAUGAUCAAUUGUCGCCAAAUCUGACGGCUGGAGACUCGAAUCUCUCUGGAGGAAACUCUUACAAUUACAAUAAUACAAGUCGAGAGGGUUAUAGCAAUGGCAAUCGUGUGUACGGGAGUGGUUCCCGUCGGGGUGGAAGUGCAGGUGGCUACUACUACAAUAGCAGCAGUGCAAGAAGUGGGGGAAAUCCUUACUCAUCAACCUACGGUACGUCCAGUGGGUACGGUACUGACGGCGCCAGCAGUGAUCCUCGUGGUUCACCCUACGGGUAUGGAAGCGGAGGUUCAACCGGACGCUCAGGUUACAACAGUGGAUCUGGCUCUGCGGCCAACAGCGGUGCUGGAGGCGAAGGAGCAGGGCGUUCAUCUUACUACGCACGCAACGAUCCGUACUAUGCGAGUCGGGGUGGAGACAGAAGAUAUCCUUACGGAAGUUCAAGUUCCGGGUCUCAGGCCAGUGGAACUUUCAACAGCGUAGGAGCAGAAGUUUCUUCUACCGAUAGAGGAAACGAUCCGUACUAUGCAAGUCGGGGUGGAGACAGAAGAUACACUUACGGAAGUUCAAGUUCCGAUUCUCGAACCAGUGGAACUCCGAACAGAGUAGGAUCGGGAAGCUCAAAUACCGACAGACAAAACGAUCCUUACUACGGAAGGAGAGCCGGAGAAAGAAGUUACUCUUACGGAGGUUCGAGUUCUGGGUAUCGGCCCGCAGUAUCUGUAGACUCGUCAAGAUCAGGAGGCUCGUCAACUCGGGGACGCAAUGACCCGUACAUUGUGCGCGGGAGUGGAGGACGAAACUACCCCGACGGUAGUUCUUGGGCUGGUUCUCAACUGACGGGAGUGCCCGAAGUUCCACCAUCGGGACGUACUACUUCUGGCGGAGAAGGUGGAGAAGGUUCAGUGGGAAGUCGGGGAUCUGGUGGCGAUGAUUAUGCAAACAGAGUUGAUUAUCGUUACGGUAACUACGGACGACAAGACGACGGAGAUACGAAUUAUCCAAGCAGCUACGUAGCAGUUCCUGUACCCGGUGCAGCCAAGAACUGUACAUCGGGCUCUGGAUGCUGCGUUCGCAAAUGCUUUGCCGAGAAAGGAUCACGUGGACCAUCAGGAAUACCUGGACCAGUAGGACCCAAGGGCCAGCAAGGUUUUCCUGGGCUGGAAGGGCUGCUUGGACCUAAGGGUGCGAAGGGAGAGUCGGGUUUGCAGGGACCUCGCGGACCAAAGGGAGAUCAAGGUAAAAUGGGACUUCCUGGACAUCCUGGUGUUAAUGGUCGAGACGGAGGUCAAGGAGCCCCAGGAGCGGCUGGUCUGCCAGGUCGCGAUGGAUGCAACGGAACUGACGGAGCCCCUGGUCUUGACGGCCGUCCCGGUCAACCUGGACCUCGAGGUUUCAAAGGAACGCCUGGUCCCAAGGGUGACAAAGGUAUUGCAGCAUUCGCAGGAUCAUUCCCGGUAGGGCAAAAGGGAGAACCCGGUAUUGAUGGAGUUCCCGGGCCUCAAGGUCUGCCAGGGCCUGAAGGAGCCCCAGGAUUUCCGGGGCCAAAGGGUGAUAUGGGACCACAGGGACCUAGAGGACUUCGAGGUCCUAAGGGUGAGAGGGGACCCAUGGGGAUUGGAUUUGAAGGUCCGAAGGGUGACAAGGGGAUCAAGGGGGAGAAGGGGCCCCCAGGGGUAGUAAAUAGUGUGCCCUUCACGGGUAACAAAGGAACCACCGGGCCACAGGGAGCAACUGGAGAAAAGGGACAAAAGGGAGAGAUUGGACCGGAAGGCGAAAGAGGUGAACGAGGGUAUACUGGAGAUGCUGGGCUGCCCGGAAGAGACGGUGUGAAAGGAGAAAAGGGACUUCCCGGUCCACAUGGUGAUCGUGGUAGAGAAGGAGAUUCUGGACCUCCUGGACCCCAAGGGCAAAAAGGUGACCGAGGUGAUGACGGAUUAGAAGGACUCCCCGGACGCCCAGGUGCUAAAGGAGAGCCUGGGCGCGACGGUCCUCCCGGACUGUCGGGAAUGGUUGGACCUGCAGGACCUCCUGGAGGUGGCCACGGCGUGGCUGGACCGCCAGGAGAACCAGGACCGAGAGGGUACCCUGGACCAUCUGGACCCAAAGGAAUAGACGGUUUUCCUGGACAACCUGGACCUAGAGGACCUCAGGGUCUCGCUGGUGGCCUUGGAAUACCUGGUACCCCAGGGCGUGAAGGAGCCCCGGGAGAAAAAGGAGCUAAGGGUAAUGCGGGACUGGACGGUGCUCCCGGAGAAAUUGGCCCGAGGGGUUACGACGGGCUAGAAGGACCUGCUGGGCCUCGUGGUUUCCCUGGUGACAAGGGAAUUUCCAUCCCCGGACCUAAAGGAAUGGACGGCUUUCCUGGAAACGAUGGCGCGAAGGGUCAAAAAGGUGAACCUGGGCAAAUGGGUCGCAGAGGAUACCCCGGAGACUCUUUAAUGGGCAUCCCCGGAGCACCUGGAGCAGCCGGUUUUCCGGGAGCGCCAGGUAACCCUGGUCGAGAUGGACCUGCUGGAAUUCCCGGUGAACCAGGGCCGAAGGGAGACAUUGGAGGUCGUUGUUCAGACUGCAGACCCGGCGAAGUAGGAAAAAAAGGUGACCGUGGAUAUGAUGGAUUACCAGGCGCUGAGGGACCUCGUGGUCCUCCAGGUGAACGUGGAUACGCGGGCGCGAGUGGCGCUGACGGAUCGCCAGGAUCCAUUGGUCCUCCUGGAGAUAAGGGAGAGGACGGUAGGGAUGGGGUACCGGGUCCUCAGGGUGAACGGGGUGCUGCAGCAGUAGUAUCAGGCAGCCAAUUGAUUAUGAAGAAGGGUGAUCAAGGAGAAAGAGGCGUACCAGGUGACCGUGGUCCUUUCGGACCACCUGGACAACGCGGAGAGAAGGGCAGUGUAGGUUAUGGAGGUCUCCCUGGAGAGAAAGGAGCUAAGGGUGACCGAGGAUACCCUGGUAUGGAUGGAGCUAAUGGAAGACCAGGAACACCAGGAGCCAAGGGAGAUAAAGGUCUCAGCAUUAAGGGAGAGGCAGGAACUCCUGGCCAACCUGGAAUCAAAGGAACUAAAGGACUACCCGGUCAAGACGGUCCUCAAGGAGAACCAGGUAAAUGUCCAUUUUCGGAAUACAAGAACGCACCCAAGGGUGACCGGGGGCUGCCAGGAUUGAAGGGUGAAUCUGGGAUACCGGGUCUUGACGGACUACCAGGUGAAAAAGGAUAUCUAGGUCCUCAAGGACCUGCAGGACCUCCAGGAGCUAUUGGACCCCCUGGACCCCCUGGCCAGCGUGGUUUACCCGGUCCACGUGGUGACAAAGGACAGCCGGGUAUGAUGGGAUUCGAUGGAGUACCGGGUCCUGUAGGUCCGCGAGGAUAUCCUGGAUUACCAGCUGUCAAAGGAGACAAGGGUGAGGCUGGUAUUCCCAUGCAGGGGAACCCCGGUCCUACUGGUCCUGAAGGAAGAAAAGGUGAACGGGGUCUACCCGGACCACCGGGUAAAGAUGGACGAGUGGGAAGCUCAGGGCCGCCAGGUAUUAUGGGAGAAAAGGGAGACUUAGGAAUUGCGGGAUUGGAUGGACUUCCAGGAGCACCGGGAGAUAAGGGAGACACUGGUCCAAAUGGUCCGCCUGGACCAUCUGGAAUUCCUGGGACGCCAGGUGCCGAUGGACCAAAAGGAGAGCCGGGCUUGGUCGGGGAACCUGGGAAAGACGGAGUUUCUGGAUUCCCUGGUUACAAAGGUGAAAGGGGAUCCACGGGCGAGACAGGUCCUAAAGGUUACCCAGGAGGCCGCGGUGCGCCUGGAUCACCGGGACUUCCAGGAGUCACUGGAUUACCGGGCGCCAAGGGAGACAUAGGACCUCAAGGUAUAGAGGGUUUCCCUGGUAUUCCGGGUCUGGACGGACUUCCUGGACAACCUGGAACCCCUGGGGAAAAGGGAGACAACGGAUUCCAAGGUAUUCCAGGAAUGCCUGGUUUGAUCGGACCCAAAGGACCAAAGGGAGAUCGGGGCUUCCCCGGUCUAGACGGUAUGAAAGGAGAGCCGGGUGCAGUUUCAGAGAAGGGACAGAAGGGUGAGCCUGGAAUGCCUGGUGUCAGAGGACCUCAAGGACCACCGGGACGCGAUGGACUCGAUGGAGCGAAGGGUGAGCCUGGUAGAGCUGGAAUCGGUCGCGAUGGCUUGCCCGGUCUCAAAGGAGAGUCUGGAUUUCCUGGCAAAGACGGAAUCCCGGGAUUGCCAGGCGAAAAGGGCUCUACAGGUGUCCCAGGACUGCAGGGUAUCAAGGGUGAUUUGGGUUACCCUGGAGAACCUGGAUUACCCGGAAGAGACGGAAUAGACGGAAGUCCUGGACCAGAAGGUGCCGAAGGUCCAGUAGGAUUGCCUGGUUACCCUGGAGCCGAGGGAGAAAAAGGUUAUCCUGGAAUAAAUGGUCUCGACGGUUCGAAGGGAGAGAUUGGCCUGAAAGGCAUUCCUGGACCCCCCGGUUUAAUCGGAGAGGUAGGACAAAAGGGUGACCGAGGACCUCCGGGACCUCAGAUGACGAUAAAGGGAGAUAAGGGAGAACCAGGACGACAAGGUUACGAUGGCGUGAACGGAGAGAAGGGAGAUGAGGGUAUCCCUGGCUUUGACGGCCAAGCAGGAGAGAAAGGUGACAAGGGAGUUCCAGGGCCCAUGGGUAUUCCCGGAGCUCCGGGCUACGAUGGUCAAAAGGGUGACACUGGGCCAAUGGGACCCGUCGGACCUGUUGGUUUAACUGUCAAGGGAGAGAAGGGGCUUCAUGGUUUGUUGGGUAAGAACGGACGUGACGGACGCCCGGGCAUACCCGGAGAGAAAGGAAAUCCUGGCGACGCAGGUCGGGAUGGAAGUCCAGGAAAACCAGGACCUCCCGGACCAAUCGGUCCCCAAGGACAAAAGGGAGACAUGGGCCCGGCCGGUUUCGACGGUAUUCCAGGAGACGACGGACUCGAAGGAUCGCCUGGCGCAACUGGACCACCCGGAGCUAGAGGACUCAAGGGAGACACUGGUCCCCCUGGAGCAUACGGAGCACCUGGACAAAAAGGAGAAAGAGGAUUGCAAGGUCCGCCUGGAUUUGACGGACGGCCAGGAGAAAAGGGAGACAUGGGAGCCGACGGAUUCAACGGUGCCCCCGGUGCUCAAGGUGAAAAGGGAGACAAAGGAUUCCAAGGAUUACCUGGAGCAGCUGGUGUCACUGGCUACGAAGGCAUCAAGGGAGAGAGAGGUGAUGAUUGCAUCCAGCCUCUACCAGGUCCCAAGGGAGAACGAGGCCCUCCAGGCGCAACCGGAAUUGUUGGACCACCGGGAGAAAAGGGAGCCCAGGGACGAAUCGGAUUCCCAGGACUAAAGGGAGAGAAGGGAAGCCCAGGUUUAAACGGUAUUACGGGUCCAGUCGGACCACCAGGAUUGCCCGGACCUUCCGGUCUUCAAGGGAUACAGGGAGUACAGGGUCCCAUCGGAUACCCGGGACAGAAGGGAAAUCAAGGAGCGGACUGUCAAGCUACGCCCGAUUAUCUAACUGGAAUUCUCCUUGUCAAGCACAGCCAAACUCCUACUGUACCUGUCUGCGAACCAGGACACAUUAAGCUGUGGGAGGGAUACAGUCUUCUAUACCUCGAUGGAAACGAGAGAGGGCAUUCACAAGAUCUAGGCUCUGCCGGUUCCUGCAUAAGGAAAUUCUCAACGAUGCCAUUCCUGUUCUGCGACGUCAACAACGUUUGCAACUACGGUAGCCGUAACGAUCGUUCUUACUGGCUGUCGACAAACAGCCCUCUGCCGAUGAUGCCUGUCGAGGAAAGUGCCAUCGAAUCGUACAUCUCUAGGUGCGUCGUAUGUGAGGUUCCAGCCAACGUGAUCGCGGUGCACAGUCAAUCUCUAAGUAUUCCAGAGUGUCCCGACAGAUGGACUAGCCUUUGGAUCGGUUACAGUUUCAUAAUGCAUACGGGAGCCGGAGCUCAAGGUGGAGGACAAUCGUUAGCUAGUCCGGGUUCAUGUCUUGAAGAUUUCCGCGCGACACCGUUCAUCGAGUGUAACGGAGCUGGAGGUACUUGUCAGUACUUUUCUAAUGAGUUCAGUUACUGGAUGGUGACAAUCGAGGACAUCGCGCAGUUCAAGGAACCAGAGAAGCAAACCUUGAAGGCGGGAAAUCUACGUACGCGAAUAAGUCGUUGCAAAGUGUGUAUAAAGAAUACGUAAAAUUUGGAAAUAUAUAUAUAUAUAUAUAUAUAUAUUAAACGAUGACAAUAAUAUUACCAUAAAGAGAGAAUAUGUUAAAUUACAUUAUUAUACGAUCUUUUUCGAAAAGGAAAAAAAAAAAUAUUAGGUAAAUGAAAAAAAUUAACUCACACAUACAAGAUACGACAGAAAGAUCAAACACAAAAAGCCGUUUAACAAAUUAAUAAA